UAGUCUAAGCCCGCUGUAUAAAAGAAGGUGAGGCACAACUCCAGAGGCUUCAGAAAACUUCAAACACUCAAACAGAAUCAAACGCAUUAGAACAGCCAUCCUGGGCCAACAAAAGAGGCACUUCUUCAUCUAGCACAUGACACAGCUCUGACCAUGUGGACUUUGUUAUUUGUAGUGUUUGCUACUGGAUCACCAGCUGUACUUCAGGCAGCCCCGGUUCAGGGUAACAGUGGGAGAUGCAGUUUUGCUGGUGUUUUCCACAUCGAGGGAAUCAGUCGUUACUCUCUUACCUUUCAGAAGGCUGGUGAACUGUGUCAGAGUUUAGGUUACAGACUUGCAACACAAGAACAGGUCACUGAAGCCUAUAAAAAAGGCUUGAGAACUUGCAGAUACGGCUGGAUUGAUGGUCAAAAUGUCACGUUCCUCCCACACAUUAAUGGUCCAAACUGUGACUCCAGCUCUGCUGAGAUCACCUUCCAUGCUAAAGCAGGAGAAUUUCUUUCUGAUGUCUACUGUUUUGACCCAUCAGAUUCAUCACCAAACUGUGAUGAUGUUAAAUCUGAGGAUGUUAUGAAUGGAAACGCAGCCAGAGACAGUUCAUUCUAUGCAAAACCACAUGAAGACUUCAUUACAGAAUUCAAGACAGAAGGGUUUUUGGUAGAUGUGGAAGAAAUAUUGGAAAGAGUAAAAAGAGAAACAUCUCUUCUGAGUGACAUGAAACCCUCAACAGUGCCCUCUAUGAAAAAUAUUGAAGGCAUCAAGGACCCUACAAGCAAGCCUCAUAUUGGAAAGACCCCCAGUGUUUUGCUAUUUGAUACAGAGGGCAGUGGAUCGGGAUUGGUUGAUCCUGAGCCAAGCCAUUUCACAACAAGUCCGGUUACUACAGAGACAGCGAAGAGUAAUUUAAUUGAAAACGUUAUUGAAGAGAAUGAAGAGAUGGUGGUUCCAGUAGAGACUUCAAAUGUGAACCCCAUUCAAGUCAAGGAACCAAGACGAGUGAAUGUAUUUUCAACAACAGAAAGUAAUGCGAAGGAGAUGGUUUCAGAUGGAUCGUCUUCUACUUGGAUGAUAAUUACUGCAUUCUGUGUGUUUAUUGGAGUCAUAGUAUGCAUAUUUGUGGCUAUUGGCACUAGAGACAAGUGGUACGGACCGAGUAAGAGUGCAGACAUCACAACUGAAAAGAACAACAAAGACUACAGUAAAACAGAAACGCUGCCGCUGUCAGAGAAAGAGCAGGAGAUUGUGGCACUGAUGAAUGUUACGAACAUGAAAAAUGGGCAAACAGUGGACAUAACAGCUGCAGAUGAACACGAAAAAGAAUAUUUAAUGUAAAAGAGGUGAGCUGAUUGAAAAUGGUGAACACUGAGAGCCUAAGACUGAGCUCCAACAACAGAUCACAAUAAUGUUUAGCAGUAUACCAAAUCAAGCGUAUGUUUUGUUUUGUUUUUUCAGUUCUGGUUACUCUUGUUUGCACUGAUUAUGUUUUUGUUUCUGUUAUUUGUUAGAUUCGUUGUGUCAUUUGCUGCCAUUUUGUUACUUAACAGUUUUUUUCACUUACAGAAAAUGCUUUCUAGCUUAUCAACUGAUUGUUGAGAAUGAUAUGGCGAAAAAACAUUUUAACACUGGUUUUCAUCUGUUUGUAAGUACUAUGUACUGUUUGUGAUAAUGCAUUUUGGAAUGUUGACGUUGCCUUGUCUUUUAGAAAUAGAGAAAACCCUAUCCAGUUCGUAUUUCAGUGAAGCCACUGUAUGUCUUUGCCUUCAUUAAGUUACAAAUAAAGAUGAAUUACGUCCGCUCUCGCAGCA